GACUGCAACCAGAUACAAGUUCUGGAGUUCACGGUUCCUGAUGUGACCAACAAAGGGAUGGCAUCCUUGAUAGCGAAACAUCUGGAAUCGAUCUUAAGCAAAUCCCCUUGGUCGUCCUCGUCGGCCAAAUCACAGAAGACACAGCACAACGAUCAGCAGCAGCACGAAAUCUCGCACCCUGCGGUCCAGCCUUCUCCAUUACCUCACAUCAGAUUUGGCGAGGUGGGCGCAAUUGACAAGCCCGGCAGCGGCGAUGCAUCGAAUAUGUCAUCGGAAGCGCUAUGGACUCGCACUAGCGGCAGCACCAGGAUCGGAAUGCAGGAGCGGAGUCGUUCCCAGGAACGAAUCGUGGGAGUCGGAUCAGCAGGGUUGACACCGGGGUCGGAAUGGCAUCCGUUCGCUGCGGUUUCCACACCUCAGUCCGAUUCCCCGAAGGCUGAUCGGGAGGGGGAAAACAAGUCAAACUUGACGCCAAGUCAAAAUGAUGGUGGUCUUGUGAGGAGAGAGGCACUCCAACCAUCAUUUUCUUCAGCAUUGUCAGGGGAAGAAAAAAAAAAUCAUCAGCAUCCGGAGCUGAUAGAGCUGUGCUUGAGCGACAACGCAUUAUCUAGUUUCCCGGAUGUGGUCUUCCUGUUCCCAGCACUUAUAUCUUUGUGCCUGAAAGGGUGUGCAUGUAGUCAGCUUCCGGAACACCUGACAUGCCUGCAACAGCUGGAGCUGGGGGACUUCUCAAAGUGUGGCCUGCUUGUGCUGCCACCUUUUAUAGGACAGUUCGUGUACUUGGAGGAGCUCAUUGUUCGAAAGAAUAAUCUCAGCACGUUGCCUCGCGAGUUGGCCCAGUGCAAGAAUCUCAAGUGCCUCGACGCAGGGUACAACCAAAUCACCAGCUUCCCGGAAUUCGUGUGCGAAUUGUCGGCGCUCCUUGUACUCCGUCUCAGCAACAACCGCAUCAGCACCUUGCCGACAAACAUCGGACAGCUGAAGGAACUGAAAGAAUUACAAAUGGAAAACAAUUUAUUGACAACGCUCCCUAUCGAGCUGGGCAAGUGCGUUCACUUGGAGAUAUUAUGCGUAGAGUGUAACCCCCUUUUAGCACCACCAAGUGGAAUUCUCGUGAAGGGUGCGGCGGUCCUGCUGGCAUAUCUGCGGGCCCAACUGGUUCUAAGAUCGAGGCGGAAGAUGUCCAAGAGAAAUGCAAUAACAUCACUGAAAGAGGCACUCAUGGACUGAAGGAAAAUCUUCAAAAUGACAAAAACUGAUUACUCGUCGAGUCGUCGUUUACAUGCCAGAAAAAAAGUGCCAAACUCCGUCUUGUACAUGCCUGUUAUGAUCCUGGCCAAUUUCGAAGCACACGUCCAUGGGAAAGUACAAUGCCGUCCAAUUGCAAAAGGAAAUGAAUGAACUUGACAGGA